CUCAUUUCAUCGGCGCUUUGUUCUAAACAGCUGAUCUACGGUAUUUUUGACACUCGUUGACACCACAGUAUUUUUGUUUUAUUUUCAUUGGCGAUCGGGGUAAAAAUUAGUUUCAUCAUCACUUAAAAAUGACUUCUAACUUCUUUAACCGCUGUUCGGUGCUUCGGAAUUAUCUGUUUAAAAAUGGUCCUCAGUCGAUUGAAAAUCGUUUAAAUUUUCGUACUUAUUACUACGAAUGGAAUAACCGUAAAUUUUUGUUUCCUGUCAUCGCAAUUACCGGUCUAAUUUACUGUGCCGAGUAUAAGAAGAAGUAUUGGCAGCUAUUACCAGCUGUUUCAGCGGCUCGACCAACCUUUGAAAAAGGAAAUCGAGAGAAAUUCAAUUUUAUUGCCAACGUUGUGAAGCACGUUGCACCCGCUGUUGUCUACAUUGAAAUCAAAGACUUACGGAUGAAAGAUUAUGUUACGCGGCAACCUCUGACAGCCUCAAAUGGUUCCGGAUUUAUUGUUGAUUCUGAUGGUUUAAUUCUUACGAAUGCACACGUAGUCAUUAAUAAACCUCAUACUCAAGUUCACGUUAAGCUGCAAGAUGGUCGAACCUUUAUCGGAACCGUGCAGGAUGCAGACCCACAAUCGGAUUUAGCGACUGUAAAAAUCAACUGCAAUAAUUUGCCAGUAAUGGCACUCGGCGAAUCGUCGAGUGUGAGGUCCGGUGAGUGGGUGGUGGCAAUGGGAAGUCCGAUGUCACUCAGCGACAGUGUCACCGCUGGAGUGAUUAGUUCUACCUUUCGACCGUCAAGAGAAUUAGGCUUAAGAGGCAAGGACAUAAAUUACUUGCAGACCGAUGCAGCAAUCACAUUCGGCAAUAGUGGUGGACCUUUAGUUAACUUAGAUGGAGAAGCUAUUGGAAUCAACAGCAUGAAAGUGACGGCAGGAAUAAGCUUUGCCAUACCCAUUGAUUAUGCUAAAGAAUUUUUAAAACGAGGAACUGAAACACGAUCGAAAGGUCUAUCGACAAUGCCUUCGGUCAAACGUUACAUGGGAAUAACAAUGCUGACGCUGACUGACGAUAUUUUGAGGGAAUUACGACAGAGAAGUAGCACUGUUCCGGACGAUAUAAAACGCGGCGUACUUGUGUGGAAAGUCAUAAUCGGAUCGCCAGCAAACAUCGGUGGGCUAUAUCCAGGCGACAUAAUCACUCACAUCAAUGGUAAAGCUGUGUCCAGUUCGGGAAAUAUUUACGAAGCUUUAGGUGAAAAAGGAUCAAAUCUAACUAUGACAAUAGUUCGUGGUAAUGCGCGGAUGCAAUUGGUUAUAACACCUGAAGAUUAUGAUUCAUAAAAUGGACAAUAAAAUUUGGAAGAAGAAAUUUUACAAGCAAAA